AUGCAUGAUGGCGAGGGCAAGGACAAGGAGCAGCGCAGACCGAGGGAUAGCAGAGGCUGGGAUGGGAAACUGAGGAUAGGGAAGAAGAACGAGGAAGGUGAGCGCGGAGAGGAUGCGGUGAGCGCGGGAGAGGAGUCAGCAGAGGAGGAGGAGGAGGAGGAAGAGGACGAGGGUCCGGAGCCGGAACAGUUGCCUGCGGAUGAGGAUCUGCUGGAUGAUGUCGACGUGGAGGAGGAGGAUGUCGAUUUGGUGCAUUGUCGGAUUCAGAGCAUACCUGCGUUGAGGUUGGAGCGGUUUAGGAAGCUGAAGCGGCUCUGUCUCCGCCAGAACCAGAUCACCAGCGUCGAGAUACCGGAGGAGCUGGGCGAGACACUCGAGGAGAUCGACCUGUACGAUAAUCUGAUCUCGAGCAUCAGGGGGUUUGACGCGUUUAAGGAACUGACGUCGCUGGACCUGAGCUUCAAUAAGAUCAAGCAUAUCAAGAGGAUAAACCACCUCACGAAGCUGAGGGAUUUGUAUUUUGUGCAGAACAAGAUUAGCAAGAUUGAAGGGCUGGAGGGACUGACGCAGCUGAGGAAUCUGGAGUUGGGCGCGAAUCGGAUUCGGGAAAUCGAGAACCUCGACACCCUCUCCUCGCUCGAAGAACUCUGGCUCGGCAAAAACAAAAUCACAUCCCUCAACAACCUCUCCGCCCUCACCAACCUCAAAAUCCUCUCCAUCCAGUCCAACCGCCUCACUUCCCUGACCGGCCUCUCCUCCCUCGCCUCGCUGGAAGAACUCCACAUCUCGCACAACGCAAUCACCUCGGUCCUCGGCCUCGAGCACAACACGGCCCUGCGCGUCAUCGACAUCUCGGCGAACCCCAUCGAGCACCUCGAAGGCCUGGGACCGUUGAGCAGACUCGAGGAGCUGUGGGCGAGCAACACCAAGAUUGCGAGCUUCGCCGAGGUGGAGCGCGAGUUGAGGGAUAAGAAGGACUUGGUGACUGUGUAUUUUGAGGGAACGCCGCUGCAGAGGGCGAAUGAGGUGCUGUAUAGGAAUAAGGUGCGGUUGGCGUUGCCGCAGGUGAGGCAGAUUGAUGCUAGUAAGUGA